CGACAAACCAAUGUAUGUGACUUUGGUUUCUCACUUAAAGUUUUGUCUUUUAUAUAAAUAAAUCAAAUUUACAGAUAAAAAGAUAAGUUUUUUCUCCCCGGAAACCAAAAAUGAAGCUGAACGAACGGAAAGUGAGACUCACGGAGCUUAUUCUGAGGUGUUUAGUGUGUGCCCUCGCCCUCGUCGCUGCGAUUCUCAUUGUUACAGAUACUCAAGUUAGAGAGAUUUUCACCAUCAGGAAGAAGGCAAAGUACACCGACAUGAAGGCGCUUGUGUUAUUGGUGGUGGUCAAUGGUAUAGCCGCGGCUUAUUCUUUGGUGCAUGUGGUUCGUUGCGUGGUGGGUAUGAUGAAAGGAAGCGUUUUGUUUAGUAAGCCUCUGGCUUGGGCUAUAUUCUCUGGAGAUCAGGCGAUAGCGUACUUGACUGUGGCGGGCCUUGCAGCAGCGGCGCAGUCUGCAGCCUUUGCGAAGUUGGGUCAGCCAGAGCUUCAGUGGAUGAAGAUAUGCACAAUGUAUGGGAAGUUUUGUAACCAAGUUGGUGAAGGAAUUGGGGUAGCCUUGCUUGCUAGCAUUGGUAUGGUUAUGAUCUCUUGCAUCUCAGCUUUGGGUCUAUUUCGUUUGUAUGGUGGUAACAAAGCUCGGCAAAGCUCACGGUGGUGAAGGGGAAGGCUCAUAAUGGUCUUGGACUAAUCUUGUUUGUGGAACCUGUGUUAAAACUUUCUCUUAAUGUGUACACCGUCUAUUAGUACUGUCAUUUGCACAAAUAAUCAUCAAAAUUGUAGCUUGAUAGCGAGACUAUAACCAUGUUAGUUGUUAAACCACAAAUAUGAAGGAC